CAAUUAUUCAUUUUAAAUCUAAGAAACCUACAUAAUAUUAUCCAAAGAUGAAAGAAUUGAACACAUGGGUCUUUCAGUCAUGGGUUAUAAGAAAGACGGACUUAUAAAAGAUCUAUGGCCAAAUAUUCGAUUAAUACAAAUGUCGGGCCUAUUCAUAUCCGAGUACUAUGACGAUUAUUCUGGAUUUUCCGUGUUGUUCCGAAAGAUUUAUAGCUGGAUCACCACAAUAAUAAUAUAUUCGCAGUACAUAUUUAUUGUGAUAUUUAUGGUCACUAAAUCCAACGAUUCGGAUCAGCUAGCUGCUGGCGUGGUAACUACAUUGUUUUUCACCCAUUCAAUGAUCAAAUUUAUGUACUUCAGCACGGGUACCAAGUCGUUCUACCGAACUCUAAGUUGUUGGAACAACACUUCUCCACAUCCGUUAUUUGCAGAAUCUCAUUCGAGGUAA